AUGACGACUAACUAUUUAGUGCCAAACACUAAACCGAUUAAUGGAAAUGUGUUUCAUUCAUUCGAAAAGAUAAAUGAAAUAUUCGCAAAGAAUGACGGUAGAAGAUAUUAUAGAGAACUUGAAAGUUCAUGCUAUGACUCUGAUGCUCCAUAUUUUGAUGAUAAACAAACUCAUUUAAGAAUUACAAAUCCGGCUCAUGAUGUGAACCAAUUAGGUGACACAUAUAUUAAACGCAAAGUUAAAGCAACUCUAGUUUCAAAUAAAGCUUUCACAUGUGAUGCCGCUUUUAAAUGCAUGCGUUUAUUCGUUGGUUACAAAUCAUCAAAUCAAAGCUUUAAACAAUUAGAAGUAGAAACCGAAAGAGGUGAUGCCGGUUAUCUUCAGAUGGAUUGCGCCCGUGAAUCUUUCGCAUUUGCAACAUAUAAACCAAAAUCAGAAAGGAAAGUUAAAAAGUUUGUUCAUUCGUUAUAUAAUAAUGUUCAAAAAUAUGAUAACUCAGUAUGUGGUAAAUAUAUUGACCCUUCAGAAGUUUUCAAGAAAGCAAAUGAAGAAGUUGAUGUCACUUUUGAUAUGAUUAUUCCGGUAAAUGAUUUGUUAGCAUUUCAGGCGUUCGAUGAUUAUCCUAAAUCAUUUGGUGAUAUCAUUCUUAAAUAUUAUGUUUUCAGGGAUACUUUAG